UGAAAACAUACACAAGGAGAGUGACUAUCAACAGGCAUUAUCAACAGCUGUCAAGUAUAUUACGCCAAAUCAAUUUGAAAGAUGGCCAACAAGCCUUUCAACUGUGAGGAGGCGACGGAGCUAGCCAAGAGCGUCUAUCCUUAUGCAAACUUUUUGACUCGCUUUAUACCGAACGUGAUAACAAAACUAGGAGAGGAGGGGUGUCUAUGGGUGGGCCAAGAAAGCGCCCACUAUUUUUCACCAGAAGUCAUACAAAAGGAUGAGAUUAAAAGCGUUACUGGAGCAGGCGACUGUUUCGUCGGUACAUUAUUGGCCAAUCUACAGAGACACUAUGCACAUAGUCAUCAUCCAUGUGACAUACCCUCAGAGGACGUUUUUCAUCACAUCAUUCGUAACUGUCAACGCUCAUCGAUUCGAACUCUUCAAUCCGACCUUGCUGUCAGUGAUAAAAUCAGCAAAGAUUUACUGGUUUAGAGGAUACACAGUGCUCAUGGAGUUCAGUUCAAUAAAAAAGCUGUAGAAAUGAGAAUUUAUGUAGUUUGUGG